AUGCAUCUGAACGAAGGCGCCCCGGCGCCUCCAAGACAGGCGGAGUCGGCUCUCCUGUCGCGCCGCCGCCGGCGCAAAUCUCUCGGCGCCCUGCGUGGAAAGGGAGCAAACUCGUCCGCCGAUCCAACGUCGCCUGAAGUCAUUUCGUCGCUAAUUUCGUCCCUGUCCACGAUCUCGGUGCCCCUGAACUCGCAUUUCGAUAACGUGCCGCGCAUCGACUCCAAGGAUUCGUCCGAUCCUGGCUUGCCCGAAGUGCCGCACACUGCACCCUGCUUCACUAAUUCCCCUUCGCAGCAGAAUGGCUUUGGAAUGAGUUUAGGGACUUGUGCGACGGUCGAGGAACCGCCAAACACACCGUUUUUGCAUCCGGAUGAUGCUGCCUCCUCCCCCGUUAUUCGCAUGGCCAGAGCGCCACCUUCGCCAAAAUCUCCGAAGUCUCCGCGAUCGCCGAGGUUCAAGUCGUUCAGAUCGACCGAGCCGUCUACUCGACCUGCAUCGAGGGAUUCAUAUGCGUCAGUAAGGGCUGCUCCCGAAGAGACCGCAUUCGGCACGAUCAGUACGGAGUCCGUCCUUCCCCGUGUUUCGACUGCUACGAGCAUUGCCUCCAACAGUUCGGCUGGACGCACAAAAAGUCUCAAGGGCUCAUUCGGGUUUCUGAAGAAAUCGUCAUCGAGGGAUUUUACAAAUGACAUGGAAUCACAGACCGAUCGCUUGCGCAAGACGAAUAGCCUCAACGAUACUUUGCGUCAUAACACGCCACGCAAUCGGGCGAGCUUGCGCUCGAUAUACUCCAUGGCGAACGUGGCCGAAGAGAGCGGCCCUAAUGGCCUCCAAGAAGAUAUAAGUGAGGGUCUGGCGGCCAGUACCCCGCCAACUAGGGAACCCCCCUCGGUCCAAAGUACGCCAGAUACCCACAACAAUCCUGGAGGUAUUGGAAGCGGUAGAUAUAUUCCAAACCGCGAGUCCUCUCUGCGGCACCGACAUAGUCCAUCCCCUGGCUCGAAAAAGCGGAGAUCUGCUCGUCAUAGUCGAUAUUCUUCCACUGCAAGCAAGGAGUCGGUUCCAGAGAACGGUCUGCCAGGGACGAGCAACGAUGCCGAGCAAGUGACUCGGAGGAUACAGGAACUGAAGGACCAGCAGCAAAGAAUCAAAACCGAGCUCGAAGCUGAUGCCAGUCCUGGCAGGUCCACGAAGACGACCCCUGCCAAUCAAACCAAGCCUUUGCCCAGCACCAGCCAAUUGGACCAAACUCGCGCGCCGGAUAGUGAGCCGAAGGGCGAUCAUUCUGUUCUGAAUGACAGUGCUCCAUCACCGUCCGUGAUGACCGGAAAGAGCCGAUCUGGAAAGCCAGGUCAGCCUUUGGCGUCGAAGCCCACCAACUUUGCUCCUCAAUUCCCGAAGUCACCAUCAGAAAAGGAGGAACAGUCUCGUUAUAGGCGAUCAUUGGAGCCAGUCACGCCAACCAAACCACACCGCCGCACGCCUUCUGGCCAUUUGUCGGCCGGACGUCCCUCAAUCAACACCGAAAGGCCGUCCAGUGCAGAUUCAAUUGAUCUGGCGGUUGAGGACUAUAUUUUCUCCCCGAAAUUGACCCAGAAAGUGGUUCAUCCAACCAGCGGACGCACUAUUGCGUUCUCCGAAGUGGGCAACCCCAAAGGCCAUGUUGUGUUAUGCUGCCUGGGAAUGGGUCUUACCCGAUAUCUCAUGGCGUUCUAUGAUGAGCUGGCCCGAACUCUUAACCUGCGCUUGGUUACUCUAGACCGGCCUGGUGUGGGAGAGAGCGGGCCGCAUCAACUUGACGAGCCGAGCAACCCUCUCAGCUGGCCUGAUGAUGUCGCCAUCGUUUGUAACUACCUCCGAGUCACCAAAUUUUCUAUUCUCGCACACUCUGCGGGAGCGAUCUAUGCUUUGGCCACCGCUCUCCGAAUCCCACAGCAUAUCCGAGGACGAAUCCAUCUUUUGGCUCCCUGGAUCCCUCCAUCUCAACUCUCCACCAUUGGUUCCCAGAAAGAUCCCGCGCCAAUCAACGCGGUUCCAUAUUCUCAAAAGAUACUUCGCGCUCUUCCAACAUCUCUCCUGAAAAUAGCCAACACCAGUUUCAUGAGUGCUACCAGCGCCAGCAUUACCACCAGUCUCCCUAAAUCUCCCCGGCGAUCGAAGCGCAAAACUGCGAAAGAAGCACCUCUCGUGGAAACAGAACCUCCUAUGCCAGACAGCGCCCCUAGCGUUCGGGUGGAUACCCAACUGCAAAACGAAGACCCGGCGCCGCUGGGUGGGCCAAAGACAUCGUCUAUCGCUCAUGUUAAGCGAAGCGAAGCGACUCUUGGGUCUCGUGCGAAGCCUCCCGAAGAAGAGCGUGAACGCCAACAAGACUAUGACACUCGCCUUACCCACAAAAUCUGGGAGCUCGCCACCACGAAUGCCAACCCAGCCGUUGACCUCCUAAUCUGUCUGGAACGCCGUCAGACCAUCGGCUUCCGUUAUGUGGAUAUCACUCGAUCUGUGGUCAUCCAUCACGGUAGCAAGGACACCCGCGUGCCUGUGGACAAUGUUCAAUGGCUGGGCAAGACUAUGCGGCGGUGUGAAGUGCGAAUCCUUGAGGGCGAAGGCCACGGUCUGAUGGCCUCUGCCGGAGUAAUGGGCAGCGUUCUCACCGAAAUCGCCAAGGAAUGGGAAGACUGGACUACCAUCGUCCAGGGCAAACGUCGGGCAACUGCCCACCAAAAUGCACGGCCAGGUGCUUCCAUUCCCACCUGA